CCGGUGGAAAGUGCAACGGAACUUUAAGCCCCUUCUGUGAAAUAAAUAAAUAAAUAAUAAUCGGCUGAACGUGCAUCUAUCGGGAUGAAGUGCGAUGGGAAAAACCCCCCCACCACGGACGGUAGAGACAAGAGGGACCAUGCAGGGAACAACCCUCAGUCAACCCUCCGUCGACCCCACGACAACAGUUCCUUAAGUUUUAUUUACAAAGGAUCCUAGAUAAAACCGAGGAAAACGUGUAAAUAAGGAGGUGUGGUUUUGGUAGGCGAGGGAGGAUGCUGUGCGGGGGUGUCGGGGAGGGCGUGGUCUCGCUCGGUCUCAAUUCCUUGGCCGUCGGAGGCGGAGGCGGCGGCGGAGGCGGCGGCGGAGGCGGGGGUGGAUGCGUCGGAGAACAGACCUGUUGGUGGCAAAACCAAACUGGUCCGGAUCCAAGCCUUGCCACGACAGAUUGGAGAGAUGAGGAAAUGUCGGCUUUCACAGCCGCCUUCGAUAUAGACCCGCUUCCGCCCCUUUUCACACCGCCUCCGCUACAACCUUAUAGAUGUGAAGGGCCUCCACAAGAAGUAGCCGAUGUUCUCCUCUCGUUGAAACAUGCAGUCGUCCAUCCGCCAACGCCUCCUCCAAGCUAUCCUCCACUUUCUACCAACUUACAACAGAUGUGCGGAUACGCAACCCUCGAGACGAACUGCUUCCAGCCAAGUUAUCAGGACGCGACGCAGCACCACAUCCAACCUUGCCACCAGUUGGGAUGGUCUGCAUCGACGUCGCCCGUUUAUUCAUCCCCGUCCAAUUACCACCCCGCCUUUACAGAAUAUCAGGACACAGGCACUCCUGAUUACUCGAACGGAGGUCAUCCCAAGUCGCCUUCGCCGAAAUCAAACCUGUGUCGUAUUUGCGGAAAAACCUACGCCAGGCCUUCAACACUCAAAACCCACCUUCGGACACACAGCGGUGAGAAGCCGUACAGAUGCGAUGACUGCAACAAGAGUUUCAGCCAAGCGGCUAAUCUGACGGCACACGUACGGACCCACUCGGGGGAGAAACCUUUUAGAUGCCCAAUUUGCGCAAGAAGAUUCUCGCAGUCUAGCUCAGUCACAACACACAUGAGGACACAUUCCGGUGAACGACCUUACAGAUGUCGUCUUUGUAAAAAGGCUUUUUCCGAUUCCAGCACAUUGACGAAACACCUCAGAAUACACUCCGGUGAAAAGCCUUAUCAAUGCAAACUCUGCCUGCUGAGGUUUUCUCAAUCGGGGAACCUAAAUAGACACAUGAGGGUCCACAGCAGUGCGCCUUGCUGACAUUUAAAUGCAUUAAAUUUUUACAUAUCUAGUUUGUACAAUUUAAAACUUAGCCUUUUUUCCCCUAUUUUAAGAAUAAUUAAAAAGAAAGCAAACAGACAAAAUGCGAUUGCGGCAUCUUAACGGGUUAGAAGCAAGAUGAAACUUUUGGAUGUUUAAUCAAUAAUUAGCAACAAGUAAUCACGAAGAAA